AUGUCUCUUUUGCUGUUCCUGCAGGUGUUCCUCCAGGUGCUCCUGCUGCUGGUCAGCAGCUCCGAGGCCUACAAACCUGUCAUCAUUGUGCACGGACUGUUCGACGGACCAGACGACUUCAUAACUCUCACUGACUUCAUCCAGGAGACCCACCCCGGCACUAAUGUCACCACUCUGGACAUGUAUGACUAUUGGAAGAGUCUUAUGCCUCUCUGGACUCAGGUGGAAGGCUUUAGGUCUCUUCUGGAGGCCAAGCUGAACCAGUCCGAAGAGGGUGCCCAUCUGAUCUGCUACUCUCAAGGAGGUGUGAUCUGCAGAGCGCUGCUGUCUGUGAUCCCAAACCACAACAUUCACACGUUCAUCGCCUUGUCCUCUCCUCUGGCCGGACAGUUCGGAGUCACAGAAUACCUCAGACGGCUUUUCCCUGAAACAAUUUGUGAAGACUUUUACAAAAUCUGCUACCUCAGCUGGUUCCAGCAGAUGUCCGUCUGUCAGUACUGGAACGAUCCUCAUUACAGAGACCUUUACCUUGAGAAAGACGACUUUCUGCCUCUGAUCAACGGAGAGACCCAGCACAAGGAUCUACCAGAGUGGAAGAAGAACUUCCUGCAGAUAAAGAAGAUGGUUCUGAUCGGAGGUCCAGACGAUGGGGUCAUUACUCCGUGGCAGUCCAGUCUCUUUGGAUUUUUCAACGAGAAGCGAGAAGUGGUGGAGAUGAAGAAUCAAGAGUUUUACACCUCUGACGCCUUUGGCCUGAAGACGCUGGACUCUCGUGGAGACAUCUCAGUCUGUGUUCAGUCUGGAGUCCCUCAUCUCCACUGGCACAUUAACAUCACCGUCUUCAACAACUGCAUUAAGGAUUGGCUCAUCUGA